GUACUCUCUUCCACUUCAUACAGCUUACUUCUGCGUUACGCUCUGCACAAUACGGCCAGCCUGGCAAAAAAGGUCAACAAAUUGCCGUGCCUGUGAGACGUGCGUUUCAGCUUUACAUUACCAAUUCUUUCUUUGCAUAUAGGAGACACAUAGCUGAUAACGUGCAUACCCGCUGAACCGCCGAGUUGUGACAAGGCCGCGGGGUACUCACGCGCGCCUGCACGGAGGCACGCCGGGGAAAUGGCCUUCGCAUAUGGAGGCUCUUCACACUUGAUGGGAGGAGAUUCGUUCGGCCAUGCGGAUGACGUGCUCCAGCAGUCGGUGGAUGAGGACCUGGACGACAUGGUGCAGCGGAACAUCCGGGACGUCAUCAAGCAGGUGGGCUCCUCACAUGACGACGUGGUCGCAUACGACAAUGAAUACGACGGCGUCGGGCCCUCCGUCGGUCGCUCCGGCCUCGGCCUCGGCGGCGACCGAUACGGCGACUCCGCCGCAUAUGACGACGUGGUAGCUGCAGCCUCAGUACCAGCGCCCGGGCCCUCUUCAAGUGCCGCGGCCGCCCGCACCGCCCACACCAACCCCAACAAGCCAGUGGUCCGCAGGACCAGCGGCAGCACCGGCGGGCCGCCUGUGGCCUCAGGGGCACCCCGCGCCUCGGCAGGGGCCGCAUCAGGCCUGGGCGGGCGCCGGCCAAGCGGUGACCCGGGGCCAGGGCCAGGGCCCGCCUCCAGUAUUGCGGGCGGCGCCUCGGUGGCUGGGUCGCUUGCGGGUGCUACGGCCGGAGGCGCCGCAGGAGGUAGCGGCAGUGCUACAGCCUACCUGGACGUGCCCGGGCAGCCCGAGGCCAGCCUGCGGCUGCACAAGGCGCGUAUCAAGGCGCUAGAGGAGGAGCUGGGCCGAGCCAACAAGGCGCUGCUGGACCGCGAGAAGCAGCUGACGGAGGCGCUGCGGGAGUUGAAGGACUUGAAGGCCAGUGCCGCCAACUGGGCGCGAGACAAGAAGAACCUGGAGGUCCAGUUGGAGCGCAGCAAGCGCCAGGCGGCUGACGCGGAGGCAGCGGCCCGCAGCACGGAGGGCCAGGUCCGGGAGCUGGCCAAAGCCGACAGCCGCGCGGAGCGGGAGCGCAAGGCCGUGGAGGCAGAGGUGCGCGCCCGUGACAUCCGGCUGCAGCGGGCGCUGGAGGAGGUGGAGAGGUACAAGCAGCUGCUCAGUGAAGUGCGGUCGCAGGAGCGUGAGGCCAAAGGCAGCGCUGCCGCCGACACGGGCCGGCUGCUGGCGGAGAACCGCAAGCUGGAGCGCCAGCGUGGAGAGCUUAUCACCGCCUUCAAAAAGCAGCUCAAACUGAUUGAGGUUCUCAAGCGCCAGAAAGUGCACCUGGAGGCCGCCCGCGCGCUGCAGUUCAGCGAGGAGGAGUUCAUGAAGACACUGGAGAUGGGCGCGUCGUAGCGCGGGAGGGCCGAGGAGAGAGCAAGUGAAGGGCUGAUAGCAGCCUGCAGCUCCGCGGAUCGGCUAAGAGAGCAGCGCUGAUUGUUGCGCAUGGCCUCUGACUGACGUAUUAGGAUAGCUACGAUACGGUCUGCUGUCGCACGAGGGGCUGUGGGUGACGCGGCACGCUUGCGUGCCAGAGGUGUGCCCUAGCGGGUGCCACGUGUAGGGACUGGGUGAUGAGGCAAGAGUACUCAACUCGUUCUGUUACACCGCAACCAACAUCGUGUCGGUCGCGCAAGUUUCCACCGUCCAGUCAUAGCAUGAUGUAGCCGCGUUCCAGUAACAACCUGUCAGCUGUGAAGCCAGCGCCCCGCCCAGCGGCGGGGCAUCAUUGUAAACUACCGGUAUCCUUAAAAGCCGGUCCGUGCACGUGCCAAACGGGCGACCUCCCAUGUGACAAACUUUCUAAUGGGUGCACUGGCCACUUCAAGGCCGCCUUACAUUCACUCCGUCAGUCAAAUCAAUCGUUAGAAUGGGCCUUGCGAGUCUAGGUCCGAGGCCUAUGCCGCGCUAUGCGGUUUUGUCGUACCUUACACAAUCAAUCAAGCAAUGGAAAUGAUUGUAGUAGAGGGGAAGAAGGGUCAUGAAUCACAGCUGCACUGAGCAGCGCGCACAGACACCACGCAGACUAGGGAGUAGAGGAGAAGCAUGUGGAGGAGAGACGUUGCCGCCUCCUCGUUUCCGGCACUCUUGGGUAGUUCCCAGAUACACCCACAUACACACACCCACACACACGCACGCCCCACAUGCCAAGCUCAGCCGCCUGUUGUUCCCAUGCACUUCAAAUGUGAGAAAGCAAGCACUACGCGCACACCACUCAAUGCGUACGGCUCGAACAAAAUGAAUAGGGUGGGUGAGCGGUGCGCUCUAAUCAAGGACGCUUGCCAUCUCACUCUUGCGAAU